AUGCAAUUUGAACAACAAGGAGCUCCUUUGGAGCAAACUUAUGAAAGAUACGUCAUAUUGACACUGAGGUACAUUAUACAAGGUUUACAGUUCAUUAUUCCAUUGGUCACUAAGUUUAGUAAAGAGAACCCUACGGUAUUUUUAAUAAUUACCACUUUAAUUCUUUUUUAUAUUGCCUGGAAAGUAAUAAAGAAUAUAUUUAACAUUUUGAGAAGAUUAUUUUUAUUAUAUUUACUGGUUCUCGUAGUGUCAAUACAUCUACGUGGUUGGGAACAAUUCAUAGGCAAAGACGUACCAUAUUUUUAUAACACAAUAGCAGAAUCAGAUAAUGCCUAUAAAGUUGGUUUAGGGGUAAAAUUUAUUGUGUUUCAAUUCAAAUUUUAUUUAGAAUACUUGUAUCAUUAUGUUCAGAACAUGUAG